AUGAGGGUAAUACAAACGUUUUCAUUCCACUUGUGUAUAUCGACGGUGUUAGCUGUAUACGACAGUCGAUCUAUGAGAUUAAUCAAUGCGCCUGAGACGUUGAAUAAUAAGUCAAAUUUUGGAUUCAGCAUCACUUAUUUUAAUAAACAACUCUUCAUAAGUGCACCAACAGCGGACAAUAUAGGAAAAAUAUUUAGUUAUGAUGUUAUCAAAAAGUCAUUUAAUGAAAUUGCAUUCAAACUCGAACGAGAAUCGCCUUCAAAUUAUACAAAUGAUUAUUGGCUGGGAGCAUAUCUCACGAGUGGAUCUAAGUAUGUCGUUACGUGUGCCCCAAGGACUAUCUAUAAAUAUGUUAAACUAGUCACAAAAGGUGUUUGUUACAAAUUUUCAAGCAGUGAUGAUAUAGUACAACUAAGUGAUAUGGAACUACCAGAUCGAAAACCGUUGAAUGGUGGUGUAGAGAGCUUUGGAUGGAUCGUAGAUAUUAAUAAUCAAACUAAUAUUAUUGCUAUUGGUGGUCAAGGCGUAGGGCCCGGUGGAGUAGAAAUUUAUGAGAAUUAUUUGACACCUCCAAGAACGUUAAUUACAGAUACUCCUAACUUAGGAUACAGUAUCGCAAGUGGAAACUUUUUAUCGGACGAAGAAAUUAUUUAUGCUAUCAGCACUCCGUAUGGAGAACAUGGAGAAGGACGGGUUUAUUUCUAUGAUAAAUUACUGAAGAAAAUAAAAUUACUCGAUGUCGGUGAAGUUGGCUCUAUAUAUGGGGCAGUACUUUGUGCAGCUCGCUUGGGGCAUACUCGCACUUCUUUAUUGGUGGGAGCCCCAACGUUCGCUAGCAAUAGUCGUUACAACACUGGAGCCGUGUACGUAUAUGUACCAGCAGAAAAAGCGAAAUUACUAUCUAGUGCUCCGCAACUCAUAAGGAUAUUAAAAGGGACAGUAGACGGCGGAUACUUUGGUGCUUCAAUAGUUAGUCUUGGAGAUAUAGAUGGAGACGGAAGAGAUGAAGUGGCAAUUGGAGCACCAUAUGACGGUGAAGGAGCCGUGUAUAUUUACACCGGAUUUAGUCUGCUUAAUGAUAAAACAUGGUUGCGAAAGAUUCAACCGGAAAAAUUUAAAUCUUUUGGAUUUAGUCUGGCACCAAUUCCCGAUGUUAGUGGAACAAAAUGUAAUGGUCUUGGGGUUGGUGCGCCUUUAAGUAACUAUGCUUUCAUAUUGAAAUGCAUUCCAAUUCUUACUGUCAAACUGGAUGCAGAGUUGCCAAACGUACAGAAGAAAACAAAUGAUGGAGAAUAUUAUAAAUUCAGAGCAUGUCUUAAUGUUUCAUAUCCGCUGGAUCCGAUAAAAAUUCGAUCACAAAUCGAACUUAAAAUUGAUGUGAUACAUGCAGCAGCAAAAUUGGUGGGCUUUGGUGAUGAUUUGGAACCGUCUAUAUUUGAUUUAGAAGAACGGCUUCCAAGAAUUUGCAAGGAUUUCAUUGUUACGAUGUCUAAUGGUAAUUACGAAGAAUUAAUAAAAUUUAAUUUCACCGCGAAGAUAAAUGCUUUCAAGAGCACGAUCUUUAGCGCGCCUGAAGUAAUUUUGAGUGAUAGAAGCGUUCUGACACUGCAGAAGUCAGUAUGUGCUGCAGACUGCAAAUUGUCUUGCCGUUGUGUGCCUAAACUCCGCACUGUAACGCUUCAGACUACCUUAACUAAUCCAUACAAAGUAGGAUUACAAUCAUUGGAGCGGUUCUCCGUACUUGUCCAGAAUUUGGGUGAGACCGCGUAUGAUGCGUGUGUUGUGAUCUCGGUUUCAAACGCAUUCGUUCAAAACAUAUCACCGAGCUGCAGUCGCUAUAACAGCACUCGGAAGUUUCUAUGCAGACCUCCACAAAAGAUACCCACAGGAAUCAUAUGGCCAGUUGGAGACAUUGGAAUCGACACAAGUGCAUUGACCAAUAAAGACGAUCAUUUGGGUAUUCAAUAUGAUAUUUAUGGUCAUUGUGAAAACGAAACGGAAAAGCACACUGAAGAAGUAUAUUAUCCAUUGAUUUUUGACUAUGACGUUUUUCAUAUUAGUGGGGCUUCAAUUCCAAAUAAGGUUCUUAAUAUUACAGACAAUGAUGUUGGUUCCGUUAAAAAAAUUCAGCAUGUUUAUACGAUAAGCAACAAAGGUUAUAUUGACUUUUAUGAAGUAUUCAUUCGUAUAAAGUUACAAAGAAAAAAUUACAUCAAUUAUCAAACACCUGUACUGAAAUUAAUAAGAGAAAAUGAAACACUCUCAAUAGAGUGUUCUCAUAAGACAAUGGUAGUGAAGGGAGUCACAAACAUGCUAUGCUCUUUUGAACUACUAAAGGCUAGUGAGGCACUGUUGUUUCUAUCUAUCGAUGUUCUACCAAACAACUUGGGUGAAAUAGAAAAUAAUGCUACAGUAUUAUCUGAAGUCCACUUGCUACUGUCAGAAAAAAGGCUUAUUGCGAGGGUCGAAACGAAGUUGAUGCUACUGUCAGUUUCUAUACCAAAUUGGAUAUGGAUUGUUGCUGUUUUAUCGGCAUUGCUUAUUCUUCUCAUAGUAGUGUUGAUAUUACGACGGUGCGGCUAUUUCAAACGGCAAAAUAAAGAAAGAUUGCAGAGUUUAAGGAAAUCACGUAGAAUACAAACUGAGAUGCGAUAUAUUAAUAAAGAUAAAAUUUCUAAACAAGACACACCGGAAAUAAAUGAAAAACAAGAAGAAAUAGCAACA